AUGCUAGAAGAAAUUGUUCUAGUAGAUGAUGCCAGUGAAAGAGACUUUUUGAAAAGACCUCUGGAGAGUUACGUGAAAAAAUUAAAAGUACCAGUUCAUGUAAUUCGAAUGAAACAACGUUCUGGAUUGAUUAGAGCCAGGUUAAAAGGAGCCACUGUGUCCAAAGGCCAAGUGAUCACGUUCUUAGACGCUCACUGUGAGUGUACAGUGGGGUGGCUGGAGCUUCUCUUAGCCAGGAUCAAACAGGACAGGAAAACGGUGGUCUGUCCCAUCAUCGACGUGAUCAGUGAUGAUACUUUUGAAUACAUGGCGAGUUCUGAUAUGACCUAUGGGGGAUUCAAUUGGAAGCUCAGUUUUCGCUGGUACCCUGUUCCCCAGAGAGAAAUGGACAGAAGGAAAGGUGACCGGACUCUUCCUGUCAGAACGCCUACCAUGGCUGGAGGCCUGUUUUCAGUAGACAGAGAUUACUUCCAGGAGAUUGGAACAUACGAUGCUAGAAUGGAUAUCUGGGGAGGAGAAAACCUAGAAAUUUCCUUUAGGAUUUGGCAAUGGGGAGGCACCCUGGAGAUCGUUACUUGCUCACAUGUUGGACAUGUGUUUCGGAAAGCGACACCUUACACGUUUCCGGGAGACACAGGACAGAUUAUCAAUAAAAAUAACAGACGCCUCGCAGAAGUGUGGAUGGAUGAAUUCAAGAAUUUCUUCUAUAUAAUUUCUCCAGGUGUUACAAAGGUAGAUUAUGGAGAUAUAACAUCAAGACUUGGUCUAAGACACAAACUCCAGUGCAAACCUUUCUCUUGGUACCUAGAGAAUAUUUAUCCUGAUUCGCAGAUUCCACGUCACUAUUUCUCUUUGGGAGAGAUACGCAAUGUGGAAACAAAUCAAUGUCUUGAUAACAUGGCUAGAAAAGAGAAUGAAAAAGUUGGAAUCUUUAACUGUCAUGGUAUGGGAGGUAAUCAGGUUUUCUCUUACACUGCCAACAAAGAAAUUAGGACGUAUGACCUUUGCUUGGAUGUCUCCAAACUCAACGGCCCAGUCACAAUGCUCAAAUGCCAUCACCUAAAAGGCAACCAACUUUGGGAGUAUGAUCCCCUGAAACUGACCCUGCAGCAUGUGAACAGCAACCAGUGCCUGGACAAAGCCAUGGAGGAGGACAGCCAGGUGCCCAGCAUCAGAGACUGCAGCGGAGCCUGGUCCCAGCAGUGGCUUCUCCGCAACGUCACCCUUCUGGAAAUAUUCUGA